ACCGCCUCGUGGCUGCGCAAGAUCGUGGAGAACUCACCCGAGCGACAAGUGGACGUGGUCAUGCGGAAACUGCCGGCGACGGAGCUGCCGUCGCCCAGUGUACAGUCUCUGACACUGGCCCUGGAUCAAGCCACGGAACGCCCGACAGUGGAGAGGCUGCCAUCGGACGAGACGCGACGCCAGAGUCAUCUGGACAUCCGCUGGGCGGGCUUGGAAAUGGGCGCCGCCUAUCAAAUGGCGUUGUUCGACGUCGGCUCCAACAUCACCACUGACUUUAUCGCGUUCAACGCGUUUCCAACAUGCCUGGAGGACGAGUACCAGCUGAAGGGGCUCUGCUUCUGGCCCUCCGCACAGAUGUCGAGCUACUUUCAAGGCAAUGCUCAGUGUCAGACUCGCAAGAGCACCAUCCCCAGGAGCCAGCCUUAUAUCGCACCCGUCAUCACUGAUAAGGAGGAGCAGCUGUUCGAGAACAUCUCUGUCUGGCUGGACCGCAGCUUCUGGGUGGGUCAGCAAAGGCCGCGGCGUAGCAGCAGUGACGGCGUCGAGGAGCAGCCGGGCUGGGCCCUGAGGGUGCCACGCGCCCUGGGGCCUGCCUACCGGACCGGCUCCGGAUCAGCCGAGCCCCCGGUAACCAGCCCGUCCACCGGGGCCGAGGCGGAACUGCUGUCCACGCCGGCUGGUCGGCCGACUCCUCCUCCGGACGUGGAGCUGCUCGUCAGGCGGCGCCCAGCCCUGGGAGACGCCGAUGCGGCGGCCAGGCUGCCGCCCUCCCCACCACCGGACGUGGAGCUGCUGGACAAGCGUUUGCCUGCACCGCCUGCCGCGGGAGCUCCGUCUGAGCACGUCCCUCCGUCUGACGCGGAGGCUUCGUUCAAGCUGCCCGUACUGCAGCCCUUCGCUAACGCUGGUCUGGAGACCUGGCACGUGCCGGCGCAGCACCCCGGAGAAUCACGGGAAGGACUGCCCGAGGAGGCCUCCGUGAACUGGACACAGCCGGAGGGCGACCAGCAGUGUUUGUUCGUGCAAAGGGGCCUGCCAGGAGUGCAGAGGACGUCCAACUGCGAGAUGAACCUUCACGUCAUGUGCAGACUCGCCCUGACAGUGUCAGUACCCGAACUGCGUGCCGAGGACAUCCUCGUGACCCCGCGCAGCAGUUGGAUCCGCCUCGACUGGCGGCUGCCCGACUCGUGGCAUGCCACGUACCAGGUCACCGUGCUUCGCAGACCGGACGGAGCCGAGCGUGGCCGGCCGAAACGCAAGGUCGUCCCUAGCGUCACCUAUCCCGGACCGCCCGGUUAG